GCCAACCAAGAACAACGAGCAUGUACCGAAUCAAGCGAAUCUACAAUCACUUGAUUAUCCUCCACAACUGUAAUAACGCGGCAGAUCAAAUCAUAUUUCUCCAAAUGAUCGACAUGCGGCGUACCACCCGUGACAGGUCGCCUGGCGUUCUCGUCCGCCCCCAGGCAAGCCAGGCUCCAUCAUAACCGGUUAGCAGCGUCAUGAUCAUCAUGGUUCGCCACAACGGUUCAACGGCCGGUUCCAGAACGGCGCCAUGGGUUCGAUAUGGCAAAUACGGGUUCUGAAUUAGGUACUCAUUAUCCAAGUUGUUUGCAAGUUUCGUGCAUCAUGACGACAUCAUGGAUGUGUGUCAUGGGCUUGCCACGGGAUGCUGCAAAAUGGAUAUAAAUAUGCCCAUCGCAAAGGAUCAACCCUGUGAUACUGCUUACUCUCAAAAAUCAUAACAAAUUCAAAAAUUACCAUCUUAUUAUCAAUCUUAACACAACACCACAACAAUGCCUCUCUCCAACAAAAAGCACAACGCCGCCGUGGCAGCAGAGCAGCAAAACCUCGCUGCCUCCGGCGCCGUAGGUGGAGCGCCCGGAGCCGCCGCAAACGCUAACCUCCCCGGCCCGGCCCCAUUCACUGCCGGCCCUCACCGGCACGACAUUAUGAACAAGCUCGAUCCCACCGUCGACAGCGGCACCGGCGGCAUGCAAGUCCUCACAGGAGGCUCCCACAACAACACCGCUGCCGCUGGCUUCCCAGGCCAGCAGCCUGUCGGACAGAUGCCCGCCGGCGGCGGCGUCAUGGGCAGCAACAACCCGUACGGCGCCCAGCACAACUCCCGCAUGGCGAACGCGCUGGACCCUCGCGUCGACUUCGCCCAGGGCCAGGCCGGAGGCGCAAACUACUACACAAAGGGCACAAACGUCGUCCCCGGAUCGGCCGCCCAGCCUCGAAAUGUCCCCGAGGGCACUUAUGGCCCUCACAGCUCGCGCAUGGCCAAUGCUGCGGAUCCACGAAUCGACUCUGACGCAGACCGCCAUCGAGCCAGAGGAGUCGGCGGUGGAGUUGGUGCUGGCGGAGUUGGAGCCGGAGCACAGUCAAAUGCCAGACCUAUCUUCCCAGCUGGCGUGGCUGGACCGGCUCCCACGACGGCAGGGCCUCAUCGACAUGACAUUCUGAACAAGCUAGAUCCAGCCGUGGACAGUCGAAAUGCCACCAAUGUUGAUGCCACAGGCCGCAGACUUGUCUAAUCUUGAGCCAAUGAUUACGAUAGUCUAGCCUUUGAUGUUUGAAAGGUUUCUUCCAGAAUGUACACGGUAAUGAUUUGGGUUGGCUGGUUGCAAGAGAUACCACAGGAAUGAAUGAUUCAACGACCAGUUCGUUUGGCAGGAAGGGGGUCUUUUUUCUUAUUAUCUAGUAUGAUAUCCGACUGUACCAUUACUUUAGUCAUGAAUGAUGAUCAAUUCGACGAUAUUCAAAUACGAGCACAAAAACAAGUAUUAUAUGGUGAUACACCUACAUCAAGGAGGCUUAACAAAACUGCUAUCUGGGCGUGAAUAAAUUCGGUAUUAA